GGCGAUGGCGGCGAAGCGGUGCCAGCGGCUGGAGGCGGCGCUGGCGCGGCCGGUGCUGGCGGGCGCCGAGGCGCUACUGUUCGACUGCGACGGCGUGCUGUGGCGCGGCGAGGCGGCGGUGCCGGGGGCGGCCGAGGCGCUGGGCCGGCUGGAGGCGCGCGCGGGCAAGCGGCUCUGCUACGUCACCAACAACUCCUCGCGCACGCGCCAGGCCUACACGGAGAAGCUGCGGCGCCUGGGCUUCCCGCCGGCCGAGCCGCGGCAGGUCUUCGGCUCCGCCUACUGCGCCGCGCGCUACCUCAGCCGGGCGCUGCCGCCGGGCGCCGCCGCCUACGUGCUCGGCGGGGCCGCGCUGAGCGCCGAGCUGGAGGCGGCGGGCGUGGCCCACCUGGGCGCCGGCCCCGCCCCCGCGCCCGGCUCCGCCCACUUCGGCGCGCGCGCCCCGCUGGACCCCGCCGUGAGCGCCGUGCUGGUGGGCUACGACGAGCACUUCAGCUACGGCAAGCUCUGCCUGGCCCUGCGCUACCUGCUGCAGCGCGACGGCUGCCUCCUGGUGGGCACCAACCGCGACCACCGCCUGCCGCUCGAGGGCGGCAGCGCCGUGCCCGGCACUGGCUGUCUUGUCAAAGCCGUGGAGACGGCAGCAGAACGCGAAGCGUUCAUCAUCGGCAAGCCCAGCCGCUACAUGUUUGAAUGUGUGGCCAGCGAGUUCAGCAUUGACCCUGCUCGUACAAUCAUGGUUGGCGAUCGUCUGGACACAGACAUCCUCAUGGGCAACAAUUGUGGCCUGACGACGAUUCUAACCCUCACGGGGGUCACCACCUUGGAAGAAGUAAAAGGCCACUUGGAGAGUGACUGUCCUGAGCGGAGAAGCCUAGUCCCCGAUUACUAUGUGGAUAGCAUAGCAGACCUUCUCCCUGCCCUCCAGGAUUAAAAAAGGGAAGUUUUAAAUGAUGUCCUCCCCCCCCCCCCCUCCAUCCUCCGUGGCUCGAGGCUGGUAGUAUCAUCACAGUUACUGCAAUGCAUAAUAUUGCUGCUUGCAGCUAAAGAUGCUUUUAGUGUGUAACUUUCCAUUUGAGUUCUGUUUACAAAUUCCUUUUAAAAUGCACUUUGAAACAAAGAGGGAAGUGUGUUGCGUCAAUCAGCUUUUCAGAUGUUGUGAAACAUCAAGUAUGUCCUUAAAGUGCCCAUAGUGUUGAGAUAUCAGGGUAGAAUCUUGCUCACCUGGGUCAAAGGGGAUCGGGCUGGCUUCUGUUAAAACCUUGCACUGUGGUCUUUCGUGGAAACUAUAACUCAGUUUUGGGAAAUUCAGGGAAUCGAGCAGUUUGGGGGCAGUUACUCUUUUUUUGGUCUCUAGAACUUGACUUUAAGCUUGGAUUUUAUGCUUACUCAGGUCCCAGUUUUAGACAGCCUGUUCCAGAGGUGAUUUCAGGGAAAAGGAAAUCACUUGUGUGACCAGUAGUAUUGUUGUUAUCCCUUCCCACACUGCCAUUUGCACUUGCUCAAUAUGCAAAACAUGAAUGAUACUGUUGUGUUUUAUGUGUUCCUUCAAGAUAAUAGAUGUAUGUAUAUAGUGAUGUGAAGAACUUCAGAUAAUCUAUUUUAAAAGUGAAUUAUAAUAUAUUGAAAAUAGGUUUUAUUGAUCAGGAGGGAUGUAACUCUGUAGAAUACUAAAAGAUCUUCCUCAUGUUCUUCAGUACAUACCACAGCAGUACCGGUGUAAUUUGCCGAAAUAACACCCUUUAACUAAGCAGUUGGGUCAGUUGUCAUCGUGUUUAAAUUACUGGCUUAAUGUCCAAACGAGAACUGCCUUGCUCACCUACAGGUCUCAGAUGCAAAGGGUGCAAUUUUAUUCUGAAGCCAUUUUGGUAUCAGUGCUGAUGAAGUAAGUACAGUAACUUGCCCAGGUCUUCCUGUCAAAAUCUUACUUGUAGGUUGAUAGGAGAACACAAGAAAAAUCUUUUGCAGGUCUGCCUUGGUUGAAAAUGGAGGUUCAAGCCAUUUUACUUUGCAGUUUUGUAGUAAGUGUGAUUAAUUGCACCUUCCAGGUGUCUGUUCUUGUGGCCCUAGAUGCCAAAUUAUGUAACGUCUCAAGAAAUUGGAUAUGAAGAUAUUAAAAUGUACUUUUUGUAAUCAAGAGAGGACACUACUUUUACCUUUCAGAUGUAGCCCAAGUGACUGUACUUGUGUACAUACAGAUGACUCUUCCUGUAUUGCAGACACUUGAAACUUGUUUGAACUUGCCACUUUUUCAUGCAGCAAUAAUUGUGUUGUGCGCAGUGGAAGAUACUUUGUGUUUAUAAAUUAGUGUCAACAUCCACACUUUUGAAGUGCUAAAGGUGCAUAGUGAAAUUUUAUUUCACCCUUGUAAUCUGUUUCUCGACAGAAAGCGUGUCCUUUUUAGGAUUUUAUCAAAACUGUCAUUUGUAAACGUAAAGGUUAUUUUCCACUUCUGAUAAUUCAAACUGUUUAUUUCUGUUUGGAAUUACUUUAAAAUAACGGUGUCCUUUUUUCAGGGACUUCUGGUUAUGCAAUUUUGGGGAGAUUCAGGAAUGUGUCACAUAUAUAAUGUUGUUUAGACAUUCUCAGCAGCUACUCAGUCCUACUUGCCACAUUGCGGAAUUUCUUCUCACUGUUUCUGUCCUCGUUGUGAAUCUCUGCUGGUGAAAGACCAACCCAUUUCUGUAAAACCAUUGGGAACUUCAGUUCUAUACUUAAGUCACAUUAAAUAGACAUCUCACUGCUUC